GAUUUGUGUCGAAACUUUCAGUUUCGAGAAAAUGCGGUCUUGAGUUUCAAAUAUUUCCUCAUUUUCUAGACGAAUAAAAUGGAUCGGAAGCGAAAAAAUGAAGGGGAUGACGGAGAAGGUGCGAGAACAAAUGGCACUGAUGGUCCAACUCCUGCAAAAAAGGUCAAGGAACAAAGUGGUACUGGCAAUCCAGUUUCAUCAAAAACAGGCAAAGAGCCCAUUCCAUCACCAGCUAGAAGAUCAAAAGAAUCCAGUCCAAUCCCUUCGAAAACACCAAAGGAACCUAGUCCGGCUUCUGCUAAAAAUGCCAAGGAAGGAAGUCCAACUCCAACUAAAAAAUCAAAGGAGAAAAGUCCAACCCCAUCUAAAAAGGCAAAGGAAAGAAGUCCAAUUUCAGCUAGAAAGAAGGACAGAAGUCCUGCUCCAAAGAAGACAAGAGAAAGGAGUCCUGUUCCAAGGAGGGCCAGGGAAAAAAGUCCGGCUUCAGCUAAAAAGACCAAAGAGAUAAUUCCUCCAGAAAAGCGGCCUGAACCUCCACCAAAGAGGGCUAAACCUGAUCCGACUGGAAUCCAAGCCUUGACAACUCGGACAGGAGGAGCUUAUAUUCCCCCAGCCAGAUUGCGUAUGCUACAGCAGCAGAUCACAGACAAAACAAGUAUCGAGUUCCAGAGAAUCUCAUGGGAAGCGCUGAAGAAGAGUAUCAACGGUUUGAUCAACAAGGUCAACACGUCCAACAUCGCCGUCAUCGUGAGAGAACUCUUCCAAGAAAACCUCGUCCGUGGCCGUGGUCUGCUUUCCCGAUCCAUCAUUCAGGCACAGUCUGCGUCGCCAACGUUCACACAUGUGUACGCUUCUCUGGUGUCCAUUAUAAAUUCAAAGUUCCCUAACAUCGGUGAGCUCAUCCUGAGGAGGCUGGUGAUCUUGUUCAGGAAAGGUUUCCGUCGUAAUGACAAGACGAUCUGUACGACAGCAACAAGAUUUAUAGCUCACUUAGUCAACCAGCAGGUGGCCCAUGAAGUGUUAUCCUUGGAGAUCCUGACCUUACUCCUGGAGCGUCCAACUGACGACUCAGUGGAAGUGUGCAUCGCCCUACUUAAGGAGUGCGGCCAGAAGCUGACGGAGGUCUCCCCGCGAGGCAUCAAUGCUGUCUUUGAUCGUCUCCGUAACGUACUCCAUGAGAGUGAGAUUGAUAAGCGAGUGACGUACAUGAUUGAGGUGAUGUUUGCCGUCAGGAAAGACGGGUUCAAGGACCACCCAGCCGUCUUGGACGAGUUGGAUCUGGUCGAAGAAGAUGACCAGAUCACCCACAUGAUGAUGCUAGACCAGGAAGGAGAUUCAGAAGAUCUGCUCAAUAUCUUCAAGAUGGAUCCUGACUUUGCUGCUAAUGAAGAGAAGUACAAGACCUUGAAGAGAGAGAUGCUGGGCGAGGCUUCAUCUGAUGAGGAGGCGGGCAGCCGAUCUGGGUCCGGAUCCGAGUCCGACUCAGGAGAAGAAUCCGGAAGUGAAGAUGAGGAAGGGAAGCAACUGAUUAUUGACAACACCGAGACGACACUGAUCGCAUUGCGGCGAGCAAUCUACCUGACCAUCCAGUCGAGUCUGGAUUACGAGGAGUGUGCUCACAAGUUGCUGAAACUGGAACUGAAACCGGGACAGGAGACUGAGCUUUGCAACAUGAUUCUGGAUUGCUGCGCCCAGCAGAGGACCUAUGAGAAAUUCUUCGGACUAUUAGCCCAGCGCUUCUGUAUGUUGGACAAGAAAUACAUCGACCCAUACGAGGCGAUGUUCAAGGAACAAUACGAAACGAUCCAUCGCUUGGAGACGAACAAACUACGCAACGUUGCCAAGUUCUUUGCUCACCUUUUGUUUACGGAUGCCAUAUCUUGGACUGUUUUGGAGUUUAUCAGGCUGAACGAAGAGGACACUACAUCCUCGAGUCGUAUCUUUAUCAAGAUUCUCAUCCAGGAGCUAUCAGAAUACAUGGGCUUGCCGAAACUGAACGAGAGAUUCAAGGAUGUGACGUUGCAGCCAUACUUUGAGGGUGUUAUGCCGCGAGACAAUCCAAGAAAUACAAGAUUCGCUAUCAAUUUCUUCACAACUAUCGGUCUUGGUGGCCUGACGGAAGAUCUUCGCGACCAUCUAAAAAACAAAAGCAAAGAAGAGCGGAAACAGAAGGAGGAAGAGGAGGAGAGAAAGAAUGGAGUAGGCCUACAGAAGGAGGAUGGAGAGUUGAGCAGCUCCUCUAAAGCUUCAGUAGAUUCAAGCUCAGAUUCAUCAAGUUCCAGUUCUGGCUCUGAUUCAGAGGAAGACAGUAAGACACGAAAGAGAAGCAGCAAGAAGAAGAAGAAAGACAAAAAACGAAGUAAGAAGAAGGCAAAGUCUAGUUCAGACUCGGAUGACAGUGACGUCAGGGAGGUGUCACCCAGACAUGGCAAAGGCAGGCUAGAUAGGCGGAGAAGAGAAGGGAAGGAGAGUCCUGACAAGCGACAGACUGCAAAGCCGAAUCAGCACGGCCAUCGUAGGAGAAGAAGUAGUGGGUCUAGUGAUAGUGACUCUGAUUCAGAUUCUGAGCCGGUUUUGAAUUCUGUAGUAAGUAAGCCACAGCGUAGAGGGCGUGGGAGUGAAUCCCCUCGUCGUAGAGAUCGUAGGAGUCGCGAAAGAACGCCAAAUAGUCCUGAUCGCUCACGUAAUGCUGUUCGCAGUACCGUGACUGUUAAAGAUGCUUCUAGUUUUGGGAAGCGCGAGAGAUCUCGCGAAAGUCCAGAUAGAUCGAGGAACUCACGGAGGUCUCCUCGCAGUCUUGAAAGAUCUCGUAAGUCACCUGAUAGAAAAGAUGGAAGGCGUGUUUCAGAUGGGCGAAGCGAUACAAGGGGUAGUCCUGAUAAACGAAAUAGAGAAGGUGACCGGAGCGAAGAAAGGCGUAGGAGUCCAGAAAGACGGCUGUCUCGUAGUAGUCCCAAAAGACAGCAGUCACGGAAGAGUCCAGAUCGUAGACAGUCUCGUGGGAGUCCCUCCAGAGAUCGGAGGUCCCUUAACAGCCCAGAUGGAAGGCGUCGGCCAAGUAGUCCAAGCAGGGAUCGAGGAUCCCAUAGGAGUCCUGAUAGGGAACAUCGGCGUAGUCCUAAUAAGGAUCAGAGAUCACGUGGUGGUCGUGAUAGGCGACAUGAUCCAAGCAGUCCAGAUCGUGAUGCUGAGAGGAGGCGUAGAAGUGAUGUAACUCCAGAGAAGGGCAAGAAAACAAGUCCGGUUGAGCGAAGGAAAUCUCUUGUUUCACCAGAUUAUGAAAAUAUGGUCCAACUGCGGCCACCACUGCGUCCAAGGGAGCAAGAAAGGUCACGCAGGGGCAGGUCAUCCGAGGAUGAAGGGGACCGGAGAAGAAGCCGUGAGGUUGAGAUGCGCAGGGAGAGUCGUGGGAAUGAGAGUGGGAAUCGUGACCGGGAAAGAGAGCAUAAUGAAACGGUCAUAGGGAGAGGUGGUAAUGAGAGACGAAGCACAGGGGUAUCUUCCCGUGUGGAGAGAGCUCCAACUAGAAAUGAAGCAGUACGGAAGCGAAGCACCACAAGUUCCAGUGCUGAUAGCAGUAGUAGUAGUAGUGAGGAGGAAACUAGAGUGGUUCGGGUGUCAAAGAAAGUGGAGUCAGUUAUGAAACCCCCUGCGAGUCAGAUGCCCAAGGAUAGAAGGAGUGAAGGUGGCGUGGAAAGAGGCCGCGAGAGGGAUGGGGAGCGUAGAGGUGUUGAUGGCAGGGGCCCAUCUGGAGACCGGCCAGAGAUGAGCAGGAAAGGGGAGGAUGCAGCUAAGCGUGGGUGCAAAGAAAGGAGUAGAGAUGAAAAGGAGAGAAACAACUGGGAACUGCCAAGGAGAAGUAUUGCAGAGACACCUGAAUCCCCACCACCAAGAGGAAGGGAGGUUGGAGAAAGAGGAAGGCAGGGUGAGCAAUCUGGAACAAGAGAGAGAAUGGAGAAAUCUUCGCAAAGGAGGAGCAAUGAGAGGCAGGAGGGUAGGUCACAAGAGCGUGUCCGAGGUCAGGAUGCCAGGGUUGAGAGGUCAUCCAGGAAGGAAGAGAUGGGCAGCAGUGAUAGGUCGGCAGAGCGAAGGCCUGGAACCAUGAGACCUGGUGAACGAACACCAGUGGAACGUCAAAGACAGAAAGCGAAGGAGAUACCAGCUCAAGUUGGGAGAGGAGAGGUUAGCCGUCAAAAACGGGAUGACAAACCCAGACUGUAUUCCAGCAGUAGCAACAGUAGUAGCAGUGAUGAAAGUGAUAGAGAGCAGCUCCCAGGUCCUAAGCAACGAAGAGCACCAUCCAGCGGUAGCAGUGAUGAUGGCAAAGGUCAGGUUGCUAGGCAACAGAGAGUGGCACGAUCAAGCAGUAGUAGCAGUAGCGAUGAUGGUAAAGGGCAAGCUGCCCAGCGACGGAAAAGGGUGUCAUCUAGCAGCAGUAGUGAUGAAGAUCAAGCUCCAGUUGCCAGGCAACCGAGGAAAGCAGUUUGUGGUAGUGAUGACGGCAGAAGACCUGUCGCCAGACAACAGAGAAGAGCGCCCUCUAGCAGUAGCAGUAGCAGUAGUUCUAGUAGCAGCAGCAGUAGCGAGGAUGGCAGACCAGCAAAGCCAUCCGUUAGUAGGAAGCGCAAUAGUUCUGAUUCCGACAGCAGCUCUGAUGAUGGAAGAGCUCCCCCUAGGAGGCAACUGCAACAGCAUAGUUCAGACGAUGAAAGGCACCUGGUUCGAUCCCAAAAGCCUGGUAGUAGUCGUGCUAGCAUUGCAAGUCGGGAGAGCGCAAAGGAAAGACUCCUUGUGCGCAAGGAAGAUCGAAGUGCUGGCAUGAGUAGUAAUGGCAAGGUGCCGCCACCUGUUAGCAGGGCUAGGGAGUACUCGAGCAGUAGUUCAAGUAGUGAGGAAGAGGAACGAACAAUACGACGCACAAUAAAGUCACCAGCUUCGCGAGGUAAAGAUGGUAGAGGCAUGAAAUCACCGCCAGAGAGAGAAUUCCGAGACAGACGCGAAACAAGGUCGCCUGUGCAAAAGGGCAGGGACACACCAAAAUCACUGUCACUGAGAGACAGGGCACCAAGGGCCAGAGAUACUCCUAGGUCUCCUCCACCAGGUGACAGAGCUCCAAGAACAAGGGACACACCCAGGUCACCAGAGCUUAGAGACAGAGCACCCAGAAGCAGGGACACCCCCAGAUCACCUGCACCAGCGGAUAGAGCUCCACGAAGCAGAGACACUCCUAGGUCACCACCCCCAGGGGAGCGGGCUCCAAGAGCUAGAAACAUACCAAGGUCACCUGUACCCAGAAAUAGAGGAACACAGAGGUCACCAGCACCAAGAGCCAGGGACACACCCAGGUCACCUGCACUUGGUGACAGAGCCCCAAGAGCAAGGGAUGCUUCAGGGUCACCUGCACCAAGAGCCAGAAACACACCGAGGUCACCUGUCCAAAGAAACAGAGUAGCUAGAGGCAGAGAAUCAUCAAGCUCACCUAGGCCAAGAGCCAGAGUCAUUCCGAGGUCACUGUCACCGGGAGAUAGGGGAAUUAAACAGAGGGUACCACAGCAGGAGAGGGAGAUGAGGCGUACCAUUCGUCGCAGUCCACCCAGGGUGCAGCAACGGCCUGGCCGCAGUGCCCACAGUCGAUCGAGUUCGAGUAGUGAUAGUGAUGUUCCAAGAGCUGGGCGGCGCCAGCAGUCAAGUUCAAGCAGUGGAAGUGAUAGGAAGCAACAGAAGCGCACCCAAGCAUCCAGUUCUAGCGCAAGUAGUAGCUCCAGCAGCGAAGAUGAGAAGCGUCCUGCGACUAAUAGGGUGCCAGCCACCAAGAAGACACCGCCAGCAAAACAAACUAUGCAAAACUCGAGUAGUAGUAGUAGUAGUAGUAGCAGUAGUUCUGAUAGCGAGGUUGAGCCACCGAGGAAGGCACGCCAGUUUAGCUCAGACAGUGACUCGGAUAAUAGAGUUAAAAAACGUCGCAAUGUUUCAAGUUCAGAGGACGAGUUACAGAGAAAUAAAUUGGAUAAGAAUCGUAAGAAUGUUGCCAGUGCAAAUCGAAGUAAUAGAAAUGAAAAGGAACUGCCAGCUGGGUAUCGAGAGGAUAGUAGGGAGAGGAUUGGGGUGAGAAAUGAUGAGCGCUAUGGUGGGGUGAGGGGUGGAAGACGAGAAACCGAAGGCGAUCGAUAUGAUGAUAAAGGUGGGCGAGGAGGUGAUGUUCGGAGAUCUGAUGACUACCGAAAAGAUAGGGAUCAAAACAUUCGUCGUGAACGGAGUCCAAAUUUUAAAGAUAAUCGUUUUGAACGUGGUGAUGGUUAUCAGCGGGAAAAAGAGGUGGAGUUCCAGAGAUCAGCCGAAAGAAAUAGCACUCGGGACAAUCGCGAUAGUUAUGCUAAAUAUCGUGAUAGGUCUCGAUCUCCUGUCGAGCGUUACCGUGGUAAUGAUAGAGGGCGCGAAAAUAAUCGUGAAAUGAAGGGGCGCUAUGAGAGAGAUGGUGACCGUCGUCGUGAAGCGGUGGCCAGGCCACGUCGGUAGAAAUCACACAUAAUCAUGUCGCAUGUAAACAGGCCUUUAAUUGAGAAUGCUGCGAUUGCAGGGUAGCCAAGAGUGUGUUUGCUGUAAGGACAUGUUACAUAUUUUGAAAAAUCAUGCAACAGAAUGGUUACCGGUAUGUGGCUUGUAACCCAAAGCUAUAUGAGCAUGUGGAUUACUCCAUAUUCCCUAAAUGCGACUUACUACCCAUUAGUGAAGGGUCUCAUAUUUUCACUGCAUUUAGUCAUCCAAGAUCUCUGUUCUUUUAAUUUUUCCAACUUAAUAGUUUUCUUAUUAAAGGGGGACUAAAGGUUGAUGCUCGGGUUCUCAUUUGUGGUCUCCAAAUAGUGAAUAUGCACCUUCACAAAGCUGCGUCUAGUUUGAAGUUGUCAGAAAGAUAUUCCUCACACGAGCAUGAUUAUACAUUAGUUGAUGUACUGUGAAAUAGUAGAGACACCGAACAGUGGCCUCACUUCACCUGGCUCUUUCCUGUAGUCUCUCUGCUCUUUAAGUAUUGCUGAUGCAUUUUAUAUUUGAAUGAUUCCUGUCGCAUAUCAACCGGUGUUCUAAUAUUAAGUUGGAAAGAAAUUAUAUUGCAACGUUUUACUAUUCUACAACCAUUGUCGUGUUUGACAGCACAGUUAUAACAUGAUUAGGUCGGUCACACAAUGGUUCACUUAUGUCUUUAUUGAAAUGAUGAAUUAUCCCUUUCAAUGAAAAAUAAAGAAAUCUGUGGAUGGAACUCAAUACAAGUGAACUGACUGGGGUUUGAAUUGUAAAACUCAUUGUGUGUUUUGGGUGUGGUAAUAGCCCACCACUGAAAUGUAAUCUAACGGUUGACCAUUUUCGGUCUAGAUGUGCAUGGCCGAAUUAUGUCUGGCUGUUCUAAAAUUAUUGUCGUGAUUCCAUGACAUCUUACACAUAACCAGAGGCACAUGAAGAUAUCAAAGUCGUAGCGAUUUCAUAGCUCCAUCACGACAAGCAAACAUUACAUUACUCUUCUGUCCAGGGUUUACGGGUGUGUGGUUUAUGUUGGGUGAGACUCUGGUAUCCUAAAGUGCCUGUGAUCGCACAUUUUAAUGGUUGUCUUUGUGGGCAGAGGGAAUAUCCUUUGUAUUCGACACUUCUCAAACAUGUCAGACAUGACUGGUUAUCUCAUUCAUUGUGCUGCCAUCUUUUAGAUGUCCGGGUACCAAUAUACUGCAGGUUUUGUAAAUGAUUGUGUUCGACCACGCUUGGUAAUGGGAAGUUUGUGAUGUUAAACAUCUGAAAAAUAAAAACCUUUCUGUUUAA